AUGUUACUUUUAGCCUCACAGGACCUGCCUGCACUGCGUGCCCCUCCCCUCUCUGUAGGGACAUGGGCUGGCACCAUCCCAUGCCCAACCCUUCGACCCCUCGUGCCUUUGCCCCACCCCUCGCCCCCUUGCACCUUGCACCUUCGCCCGGACGGCAGCGGCAGGGCAGGAGCAGAGCAGGGACACGACGGAGAAAGGAUGGGCAACGAGGGCGAGAAUGGGCAACCGAUGAUGGGCAACGACGAUGACGGAGCAACGACGACGACGACGACGAUGAUUCACGCCAUCCUUUCUCUCGCCGUUCGCUCUCGCCCCUCACCGUUCGCCGUUCGCCGUUCACCCUUUCGCCCUUGCCCUUCGCCCUCUCACCUUCGCCCUCGCCCGCCCGUCACCAUUCGCCUCUCGCCUCUCUCGCCUCUCUCGCCCUCGCCCUCGCCCUCGCCCUCUGCCCUUUCGCCCUUUCGCCCACCUCGCCCCUCUCGCCCUUGCCCACCUCCCCAUUUCGCCACCUCGCCCUCUUGCCUCUCUUGCCCUCUUGCCUCUCUUGCCCUCUUGCCUCUCUUGCCCUCUUGCCUCUCUCGCCCUCUCGCGCUCUCACCCUCUCGCUGUCGCCGUUUCGCCUCUCUCGCCCUCUCGCGCUCUCACCCUCUCGCGGUCGCUGUUUUGCCCUCUCGUCCUUCGCCUUCAAGAUCGCCCCCUGGCCUCCGCCAUCACCCCAUCAUCUCCGCCAUCGCCCUCUGCCUCGCGAACAAACCCAACAAGGGGUGGAGGGCCGAACAGACGGCAGAGGGGGCCAGAGGCAACCCAGCGACGGGCAGAGGAGGGGGGAAGAGGGCCAACACCCCCCCAACGAGCUGUGGAGGGGUGAAAGGCCCCCAACGACGAGCAGAGGAUGGAGGAUGCCCCAAUGGGCAGAGGAGGGGAUAA